GUCACUUCCCUCGCUUCAGCACCACAAAAGGAUGGAGUUGGCAUGCGGUCAGUGGCAUUUAUGGAGUACCCACUGCAGGCAGUACGCUGAACUGAGAACCAGUAGGACUGCUAUGGAAUAUGACGAGAAACUGGCUCGGUUUCGGCAAGCCCACCUCAACCCCUUCGACAAGCAGCUGGCCGGCGGACAGCAUGAGCGGAAGGCUGGCAAAGACCCUGAAGAUCUGUCUCCCGGAGACUCACCGGUGGAGCUGUCGCAUGGGGAGCCGGAGUUCCACUGCCCAGAGCGCGUGAUGGACCUGGGCCUGGCGGAGGAUCACUUCUCUCGCCCCGUGGGCAUGUUCCUGGCCUCGGACAUCCAGCAGCUCCGACAGGCGAUCGAGGAGUGCAAGCAGGUAAUCCUGGAGCUCCCCGAGCAUUCGGAGAAGCAGAAGGACGCCGUGGUGAGGCUCAUCCAUCUUCGCCUGAAGCUCCAGGAACUGAAGGACCCCAACGAAGAUGAACCCAACAUCCGGGUCCUCCUGGAGCACCGCUUCUACAAAGAGAAGAGCAAGAGCGUCAAGCAGACCUGUGACAAGUGUAGCACCAUUAUCUGGGGCCUUAUACAGACCUGGUACACCUGCACGGGCUGUUACUACCGCUGUCACAGCAAAUGCCUGAACCUCAUCACCAAGCCCUGCGUGCGCUCCAAGGUCAGUCACCAGGCAGAGUACGAGCUCAGCAUCUGUCCCGAGACGGGGCUGGACAGCCAGGAUUACCGCUGCGCCGAGUGCCGGACCCCCAUCUCCCUGCGAGGCGUGCCCAGUGAAGCCCGGCAGUGCGACUACACGGGCCAGUAUUACUGCAGCAGCUGCCACUGGAAUGACCUGGCCGUCAUCCCCGCCCGCGUCAUCCACAACUGGGACUUUGAACCGCGCAAGGUGUCCCGCUGCAGUAUGCGUUAUCUCACUCUGAUGGUCUCCCGGCCAGUGCUCAAGCUGCGCGAAAUCAACCCGCUCCUGUUCAACUACGUGGAGGAGCUGGUGGAGAUCCGGAAACUGCGGCAGGAUAUCCUGCUCAUGAAGCCAUAUUUCAUCACUUGCAAAGAGGCCAUGGAAGCUCGUCUCCUCCUGCAGCUCCAGGACCGGCAGCACUUCGUGGAGAACGACGAGAUGUACUCCCUGCAGGACCUGGUGGACAUCAACAUCGGUCGCCUCAGCUGCUCGCUCACCGAGAUCCACACCCUCUUUGCUAAGCAUAUCAAGCUGGAUUGUGAGAGAUGCCAGGCCAAGGGCUUCGUGUGUGAGCUUUGCAAAGAGGGGGAUGUGCUGUUCCCCUUCGACAGCCACACGUCAGUGUGCGUGGACUGUUCUGCUGUCUUCCACAGGGAUUGCUACUAUGACAACUCCACCACCUGCCCCAAGUGCGCCCGACUGAGCCUGAGGAAACAGUCGCUCUUCCGGGCUCCCAGCGCAGAGGCCGAGGCCUAGGACGUGGGCCGCGCUGCCCGGGUGUCCUUCCCGCCGGCCCGUCGGUCACGUCUCCGCCCGGCACCGAGGACCGAGUGACGCCGUGUGCCGGAGGCUUGGGGGUUGGUCGGGGAGAAGCCGCCCGCUCUCCCCUUCCGUCCUCCUGGGAGGGAGACCGGGGAAGAAGGGUGGGUGUGGGGUGGUCACCCCGAGACCGGGGGAUAGGACUGCCAGGGCUUGGACGUUUGCCGGGGUGGCGGGGGAUGUCCGGUGAGGAAUCAGCCCCGCCUCAACCAGCUGGACGGAGAAUACGGAAGGACACGGGCUUUGGCGGUGGCGGGGUGGGAGCCGAGCCGGCACCCAGGCCCCGUUCUCCGUGGGGAUGGGGGGGGGGAGACCAGCCGAAGAGAGUGCCGAAAGGAUCUCUCCUUCCAAACAAAACGGAGCUGCCCUUGCCCCCGCUCUCACUUUGGAACCGAGGAUACGGUGAUUUGUUUAUCCCCCCCCCCGCCCCCCGGCACUUCCCGCUGUAGCCCGGAACGGCCGAGAACCGUCCCCGGUGAAGGGAUUCCGGCGGGCCGGGGAGGGCGGGAUCGACGAGACGCGGGGAAGCGUCCAAGCCCAGAGAUUCCGGGUUCGUUGACCGUCGGGUCUGCCCCAGGCCACGGGGAAGUCUCUGCGCAAGGAGUUUCUUGUGAAACCAUCCGAGGCUCCUUCCAGAGGAGAGCGGGUUCUUAGCGCGUCACCACUACUCCCUGACGAGGCUGCUGGCUUGCUGGCCGACGCUGUUCCUGAUCGGUUCUGCCCUGAUCCUCCCACCCACCCGCAGCUAGCUCGGCGGUUCAGAGGUUCUCUGCACCGUGAUCCUUUAAGACGGGGAGACCGGCCUCCGUGCGAGAGGGGCGUGGUUUGGGGAACUCCCGUUCCCCGUCUGCCGCUUGGUUCUGGUCUCUGAUAAACUUAGGCUCGGCGUGGACCCGCACGGCCACAGAGGCCCUCUGUGGCUCGGAGGGACGACUUUUCAUCUCCGCCCCCGUCGAGCUCGUUCCCUGAUCUCGGCCGCCCACGGAUCCCGGCCUCAGCGGCACCCUCAGGCUCGGUGAGGGGAGCGGGGACCCUCUGGCCCUCAGGUACACGGCGAGCGGCUACCGCGAGCGUUACCGAAUAAGAGCUUCAGGCCGGGCCCGGAGAGACGACCGUCAGGCUCAGAGGGCGGCUCAAAGUACGUAACAGAGCGGCGUUUACGAGGGCAGACUCCGCAUUUCUCUGGACCAAAUUACGUCGAGGGAACCUCGGCCGCGGUUCCAGGCAGGGAAGACCACUGAGCUGGGAAUCCCAAAGCCCUUCUUAGUUGUGUCUCGCGUAGGAGGUGUCCGUUUACAAGGGCGGCUGGACCACCGUCCCCCCGGCGCUGCCACAGAGGCCGAGCCUAGAGAGCAGGCUAUCUUACGCUGCUCUUAGAAAGAGGAGACACGGGGGAAAGGGGCGAAACCCCGCUCGGCACCAGGGGAUCGGGGGGGGGGGUGGAGGUCAGGUCAUCGUAGCAGGUAGCGUUUGCAACGGCCAGCCAGCCUCCGGCCUGAGGGCCGGGUCUGUGGCUUCCUGGGGCUUUUGCGCUGCCCCCCCCGUGUGGCUACCCCACCUCCUCUUCUCUGAGGUCCCUCAUCUUCUGAACCCAGGUCUCCGGCCACUAGUGAAAGGCCGAAGACAAAAUCAGUAACACCCUGGCGCGGGAGGUCCGAGCGCUAGGGGAAGCCGCUUCCUUCGGGAACGGGCCCGGAACACUACGGCAGGAAGGCGGAGGAACCCGGCUUCUUUCCGUCGGAGCCCCGCUCUCUGCCGGGGGCCGCCGCCCACGGCGGGCCCUUUCUUGCCACUGGCUGGGUGCUACGGGGCCAGUCCCCUUGCGAAAGAAGCUUUCCGCCCCACUGACUUAGUAAUACUUAGCACUUUACGAAUAGAGAGCGCGCGGGUCCGAGAAGCGGGGCCGGAGCUGCCUUGCGUUCCCUUAGUUGUAGGGAGCAGGUGUGGUGCCGGGGCUCUCUGGAGACUAGCGGGUGGCUGAUCCGCUCCCGGGGCCGGCAUCCCUUUCCAGGGAGAAGACCCGAGGGCGGAGGCGUCUCCUUCCGCCUUUCUUCGUAGUCGCGUAGGCCCGGUCCUUCAGCUUAGCGUUUGGGUUGCGGGGAGUGGAAACGGAACGGUGAAGCAGUUGGAGUCCCGGGGAGAAGCCGUAAGAAAUGGCUCUUCUUUACUCCUCCUCCCCGUCUUAGGCGCAGAGGCGGCCAGUUCCGGUACGGGCAGAGGGGGCCGUCGUCCUGUGCGACGGUCGUAAUGGCAUCACCCCCUGGGACUCCAUUAAUCCCUAAACAGCGCACGUUUCCCCACCAUCGAAGCAAGAGGUACUAGAAGGCGAGAGCACAGUGUGGAGUUCAACUCCGCCCCGUGGCUCCGGGCACAUCACUUUACCUCUCUGCCUCCGCUCUUCCCAUCUGUUAAAUGGGGUCACCACUACUCACCUACCUCACGGUGGGACUGGGAGAAGACUAGCGCCGGUGAAGUUCUUUACAAACGAAGUGUGCAAUAAAAGUGCUAAGUGUUAUUAAAUACCUCAACGCUGCCCCACUCCCCCUUAGAGAAGACGACGAGGGGAUCGGCCGACUGCUUUAACAGCCUCCCAGGUCCCUACCCUUCGCAUCGUGUUUUUGGUUUCCGCUACUCUCUGGAUCAUCGUAUGUUAUUGGGAUUUACUACUCUGUAAGAAAUAUAAAAAGACGUCAACCACGGGA